CCGAGGGAGGAGCGCGGAGCCCGGAGGAGGGCGGAGGAAGGUCCGCCCCGGCGUGACCGCAGACCCGACCGACGGGCUCCCGGGGACAGCCGGCACGGCCGGAACUGCAGCGGCCGCGCGGGAAUGGGCCGCCCCGCGACCUGACGCCGCCGCUCCGCCAGAGCCAUGGACGGGGACGCCAUCUGCAGCGCGCUGCCUCCCAUCCCCUACCACAAGCUCGCCGACCUGCACUACCUCAGCCGCGGCGCCUCGGGCACCGUGUCGUCGGCUCGCCACGCGGACUGGCGCGUGCGGGUGGCCGUGAAGCACCUGCACAUCCACACGCCGCUGCUGGACAGUGAAAGAAAUGAUAUCUUACGAGAAGCUGAAAUACUACAUAAAGCUAGAUUUAGUUACAUUCUUCCAAUUUUGGGAAUUUGCAAUGAGCCUGAAUUUUUGGGCAUAGUUACUGAAUAUAUGCCAAAUGGAUCAUUAAAUGAACUUCUACAUAGAAAAACCGAGUAUCCUGAAGUUGCGUGGCCGUUGAGAUUCCGCAUCCUGCAUGAAAUCGCCCUUGGUGUGAAUUACCUGCACAAUAUGAAUCCCCCUCUCCUUCAUCACGACUUGAAGACUCAGAAUAUCUUGUUGGAUAAUGAAUUUCAUGUCAAGAUUGCUGAUUUUGGUUUAUCAAAAUGGCGCAUGAUGUCGCUCUCUCAAUCACGAAGUAGCAAAUCUGCCCCCGAAGGAGGAACAAUCAUCUAUAUGCCGCCUGAGAACUAUGAACCUGGACAGAAGUCGAGGGCCAGCGUGAAGCACGACAUAUACAGCUAUGCAAUUAUCAUGUGGGAAGUCUUAUCAAGAAAGCAGCCUUUUGAAGAGGUCACCAAUCCUUUGCAGAUCAUGUACAGUGUGUCCCAGGGACGUCGGCCUGACAUGAGCGAGGAGAGCCUGCCGUUUGACAUUCCUCAUCGCGGUCUCAUGGUCUCUCUGAUACAGAGUGGCUGGGCACAAAACCCAGAUGAAAGGCCGUCUUUCUUGAAAUGCUUAAUAGAACUUGAGCCGGUUCUGAGAACAUUUGAAGACAUAACUUUUCUUGAAGCUGUUAUUCAGUUAAAAAAAACAAAGAUACAGAGUGCCUCCAGUACUAUUCACCUCUGUGAUAAGAAAAGGGAUUUAUCGUUGAACCUGUCUGCAAACCAUCCUCCACAAGAGGAAUCAUGUGGAUCCUCUCUGCUCUCCAGAAACACUGGUUCUCCUGGAACCUCCCGGUCCCUGUCAGCUCCUCAAGACAAAGAUUUUUUGUCUGGACUAUCUAGUGAGUGCUCUACCCUAAUGACAUGUCCUGUAGCAGGACCUCAGGACUGCUCCUCGUUGAAGCUGCGUCACUGUCCUGGAAACCACAGCUGGGAUGGCACCGUUUCUGCGUCACAAAGGGCAGCCGUCUGUGAGCACAGACCCACCCUGUGCUCUCUGGCUAUAAUAAAUCCACUGCUGGCUGAGAAAAGUGCAGAGCGUCUCCAGCCUGGUAUAGCCCAGCAGUGGAUCCAGAGCAAGAGGGAAGACAUUGUGAGCCAAAUGACGGAGGCCUGCCUUAACCAGUCACUGGAUGCCCUUCUGGCCCGGGACUUGAUCAUGAAGGAGGACUAUGAACUCAUUUGUACCAAACCAACAAGGACCUCAAAAGUCAGACAGUUACUAGACACCAGUGACAUCCAAGGAGAGGAAUUCGCCAGAGUUAUAGUACAGAAGUUGAAAGACAACAAGCAAAUGGGACUCCAGCCUUACCCAGAACUGCCUGUGUUUUCCAGAGCGCCAUCAUCAAAUUUUCUUCAAAAUAAAAGCUUGUGAGUGAGUUUUUGAGAGGAAAGUUAGUUUACAAAUGGUUAUUUAUAUGUCUGUUACCUAGAUAAUAUUUGUAUAAAUACAUAAGUGUAUUGGAUGCUUCACUGAAGGUUUUUUGGAAGAGAUGAGUAUGUCCCCUUCCAUGACAUUGCAGUAUUUUUUUAAAUUAAUAUAAACUUUUGCAUUAUGCCGUGUAGUUCAGUUUUUUAUGUCAGCUUCAUUACUUGAACCUUUUUUAUGUAAUAACUACGUUUUUCUUGGACAUCACAGUGCCUUAAGGUAAGCCUUUGUUUCUGAUGGAAGACAUUUCUAAACUCCCUUCCUCUGUAGCCUUCAUUGUUCCUCUAAAGUGCAUUUUGACUUUAUGUAGCAGGGAUACAAUAGUCCCACUCUGCAAUCCCAAAUUCAGAUCCCCAAAGAGUUACUCCUUUUUUAAAGCUUACCCACAAAAAUUUUAGAAGGUUGUUUCAAGGUACACAACGUGUAUAAAGAAGACCAAAACAGUCUUUAUUACCACUGGCCUUCCAUCCCGCCUCUGCCUCCUCUCUGUCAGCAGAGUGAGCGGCCCAGUGUGCAUUCUGACGCAGCUGCUUUCUGCUCCUGUCUUGGGCACAGGCUGGUGGAAUAGAGGCCGGUCCUGUUGCUGUUUUCCUUGUAGCACAGCACCGUCUGCACACUGCAGGGUGUCGCAGGUCCGGUCUCCCAGCUUAGACGCGCAUCUGACUCAGUCUGUUCAACUCCCACACAACAGGCACGCUGCUCCAGUUUCUAUUUUCUAAGCUUGUUCACACCAACGUCACCACAAACAAUAAAAAGACAAUACAAUGUGAGUCUUUUUUCCCUUGGGCUGCUAGCUUACAUCACUAAAGGGAACCCUUAAGAAGUGAUACCUUCUUCUGAAAACUGUGUAGCACUGUCAGUGAAAAGUGAGAAACAGGAUAAAUUUGAAAACGCAAACUUGUGAAAUGCAGCAGACUCAGAGCCUGAAAAACUACGAAUAAAGGAUCAAGGGACUUAAAUGGCAUUAGACAAUGAAAUCGUCUGUAUUUGCAGUAGGAAUUUAAGCUCCAGGGUUGGGGAGAUGAUGCAACACU